UCUGCUCGAAGAAGGUAAAGGCUUGCAGACGUAUCCACGUGUUGAUGGAGGCAGAUGUUGUAUGGGGAGCGGUGAGGCAAGAUUCAGUGCCUCGCGUACUCUUUACAGAUCGACUCCGUCCCACGAUUUCCGCCGAGACCAUGACUUCUAUCGACCUGCUCUGCAGUCUGGAGCUUACAUCAAAGAGCGUACAUCAAGGUCGGAUCCCCUCACAAAUCUGCAGAAGCGAAGAAAAUGAUCCUGAAUUGUGGACAAACCUUCGAAUCAGCGACUAUUGGAAACGAUCAAGGUGACAGAAAAAGUUCGCACAUGUAGUUCAUAAUUCCAGCAAAGACGGAACCCACAGAGCAAGCAAAUUCCACCUCGGGGCUACACUGAAUCCUUCCAAUCUUCCUCUUGGCGAAAUCGAUUCUUCAAUCUGCUGCAACCACGGCGACUGCUACCGACCGGUUCACCCGAUUAGCUCCAAAUCUUUCUGCUGCUAUGCAUCCAAUUUCACUGGUCCAUUAAGGACGGCCACCGAUCGCUCGGACAAUCUCGGGGUUGAAGCUGAAAAUUUGCGGUGGCAACUUUGGAUCAGACCAGAGCUGAAUUAGAUGGUCGCGGAGAUGAAGAAACGUGUUGCAGUGAUCGGAGCCGGGCCAUCGGGACUAUCCCUGCUCAGGGCGUUCGACUCGGCAGCUGAGAAGGGGGCAGAAAUCCCCGAGAUCGUGUGCUUCGAGAAGCAGGGAGAGGUGGGCGGAUUGUGGAAAUUCGAAGAGGGCAAAGGAGUGGACGAGCACGGGGAGAUAGUCCAUGGCAGCAUGUACCGAGACCUGUACAUCAAUGGGCCCAAGGAGGUGAACGAGUACGUCGACUACUCGUUCGAGGAGCACUUCGGCAAGGUCAUCGGCUCCUACCCUCCUCGCCCCGUGCUCCUCUCGUACAUCCGAGGCCGAGCCGAGAAGUACAACCUGUGCGCCAAAUUCAGCGUGCGGUUCAAUAGCUCGGUGAGCAAGAUCAGCUACUCGGAGGACACGGCCAAAUUCACCGUGACAGUCAAGGACCGCAGCACGGCGAGAAAUGGGACAGAGGCGAAGGUCUACAGCGAGGAUUUCGAUCACGUCGUGGUGGCCGUGGGCCACUUCUCGACCCCCAAUGUUCCGCAAUUCCCCGGGCUCGAAGCUUUCAAGGGCAGCGUGCUGCACGCUCACGAUGUCCGCGACUUGAGCGAGUUCCGAGGCAUGGACGUGCUGCUCGUCGGCAGCGGGUACACGGCCGAGGACAUCGCCUGCCAGUGCUUCAAGCUCGGGGCCGCCUCGGUGACCAUCACGUUCCGUAGCAACCCUACGGGCUGCUGCAACUGGCCCGAGUCGAUCAAGGAGGUGCCCCUGCUCGAGAGGGUGGACUCCAAUGGCAGGACGUGCCAUUUCAAGGAUGGGUCCAGCAAGGACGUGGACGCCAUCAUCCUCUGCACGGGCUAUCUGCAUGAUUUCCCGUUCAUGGUCGGGGACGAGCUGCGCCUGGUGGCUGGAAAUCGGAUGUGGCCAUUGGGGUUGUACCAGGGCGUGGUUUUGGAGACUCAUCCGAAAGUGUUUUAUCUCGGGAUGCAGGCCCAGUUUUACAGCUUCACCAUGUUCGAUGCGCAGGCUUGGUACGUGAGGGAUGUGAUCAUGGGGCGAUUGACGCUGCCCUCGUCCACUGAGGAGAUGGUGGCUCACAGCCGGAAGUGGCGAGAAGCCGAAUUGGCAGCUCUUGCGAAGCUCGAUGUCAAGCCCUUUCAGGGGGAUUACGUCAAGGAGCUGAUCCGUCAUACGGAUUGCCCCAUCACUCCGGAAUUCGUCGACAAGACGCAGCAGAUGGGCGUCGAUUGGGAUAAGCAUAAGGCCCUGGACAUCAUGAGCUACCGCGAUCAUGCGUUCGUCUCUGCUGUGACGGGCAACUUGGCUCGAACGCAUCACACGCCGUGGAUGCAGAAUUUUGACGACUCCCUUGAAUCUUACGUGAAUUUUUAGCUUUAUCUUGUCAGAGGAAUUUGUUCUUGACAGUGUUGCCAUGAGCGGACGAAGAUCGAACCACUGAAGCGACAUCUCAUGCCAGUUGCGGUUGUAUUCGAUGACGAGCUCUGCAUGCACUGCUGAUGGUUGCAGUGGGGUAGAGGCCCUGCUUGUUGAUGUUAAGGAUCGGGGAGCCACCAUCCAAGAUAACGAGUACAUGGGCCACAAUCACAUCAAGUUGUGCAACGAUUGAAUUCAAUUCUCUAUCAAGUAGAUUGUUGGUCUAUCUCGUUCGAUUUAAACAUGGAAAUCAAGGAGAUUUCCAUUUAGAGCUUUUCACCCUUAACGUUAAGCCUGCUCAAUCUAUGCCGACAACUCAGUGCGAGGACAGAAUUUUGACAUAAUUCGAUUCGUUGGCUAAGAUUGUCAAGUGAAAUUCGAUGUCAGCACAACUGUAUUUCGUUGUUUGGGAGGCUAGGUCUGAAUCGCUUGGCGUAGGUAGUUUCACUCCAGGCUAUCUAUUCGCCCAGCGUUAAGUUAUAUUCUUGUAAAUAUUGGUCCACUUGACCAGGACAGAGUAGAUUUAAUAUUCAUGAGAUAAGAUCACGGUGGCAAACUAUUUGCAGUCUUUC